UAUCUUAUUUUUUUUAGUGUAUGCUCAUAUGACGGCAUGCCUUUUUGUACUUAAGCCAGUCAUGUUAACUGUGAUGGUUGAUGAUACCAUUAACGUCACAAAAUCUUCUAUAUCAUUUGCAUCAAAAUUACCUUAUCGCGUGGAGUAUGGCCAGAAGUUCAAUCAGUAUAUAUAUCCGAUAACGGUGCAUUGUUAUGGGGCCGUGAUAGCUCACAUGUUCACCGUAAUCAUGGUGGAUGGCUUUUAUUGUACUUUGAUUCAGCACGCUUGUGGGAUGUUUUCAAUUAUUGGAUACGUGUUGGAAAACAUCGGGAAAAAUGCUGGUGUCACUUUUGAUUCAAAACCGGACAAAAGAAAAGAUGAUAAUUACAACAGAGUUUUGCAAUGUUUACGCAAACAUCUUCAUGUGAUUGAAUUUGCGGAACAAAUUGAGUCUCUUUACACCAAGAUAUUUUUAGUUAAUCUUAAUAUGAAUAUGAUUGGCGGUAGUAUAGCUGGCAUACAAGUAUUAAUGAAUUUAGACAAAACCGCGAAUGACGUCAUUGGACCUAUUACUAUUUAUGUUGCACAACUUAUUCAUAUGUUUCUUCAUUUCUGGCAAGCUCAGUUUCUAUUGGAUUACAGCGUCCUUCCGUAUGACUCUAUCUGCAGAGCAAAUUGGUAUUACACUUCGAGUAGAUGUCGAAAACUUCUCCUCCUUAUAAUGAAUAGAACGAAUUCACCGUGCAGAAUAACCGCUGGGAAAUUAAUGAUUAUGUCCAUAGAAAGCUUUGCAACAGUAAGUCUAAAAUUACUAUAUUCUGACUGCCUUCGCAUUAUACAUUUUCCAAAGAAAAUUUUUUUAUUUCUUAAAGGUUGUGAAAACUUCUCUGUCCUAUCUCACCAUGUUUCGAUCCUUCCAGCGAUAGUUCGGCGCAUCUAUGCAUUCACUCAAAAAUGAACCACCUCAUAUGAUAAAAUACUAUCUUUAGUCCAAUAAAAAAUGCUGCAAUCUGUUGUACAUAAGUGACACUUUUUUUAAUUCCAUGACACUUCGAUGCGUUAUUUCACUGGACUGAUAUUUCAGAGAACUUAAUUAUUUAAAACAGACGAAGUACAAAACGAUA